AUGAUUUUGGAAAAACUUCAAGAUAUCACAAAAGAACUAGAGAAGUCAAUACAGAGCAAGUCGAUAGUAAAGUUGCCUGUAUCUGAUAACUUAGUUAAUGAUAUUAGAGAAAGUCUAGAGUUAAUUAACAAUGAUCAUAGUGAAAAAGAAGAAAUAAUAAAAAAGCUUCGGUAUAUUUAUAAAUUGCUUACAGAUGAAUUUGAUAUUAUUGAGGAGGAUUGUUGGGAUAGCUUGAAACAUUCUUUAGCUAAUAGUCAGUCUUUGAGUGAUAAGUAUAAUAUCAAAGUAGCUUAUGAGAAUUUAAAGAUAGUGGUAGAAGCUUUAAGGCUACUUGUUG